GGCUACGACAGCAACGCUUCACAGGGGUCACAGUCACAUCAAGCCAGCCAAGAACAGACAGCGGUAGGCCGUAUCCGAGAGACGACGCUCCAGGUCGCGUCAGCUGUUCACUCGCGAGGUCUCGGACGGCCUGAGCAUUCGGCUCAAUCUUGGCGCCUUUUGCUGUGUUCCGCGACCGAUCUCGUCUUCGCUGCUGCCUCGUAGGCCAACUCCUACGUCUCUAGAUCCACUUCGGCCUGUACUGGACAGCAGAAGACGCGAGAAGUGAGACGCCUUUCAUAAUUUCGGUCGAGAUCGUGGCAGUAUCUACACGAACCGUCCAGUCGCUUGGUUCUUCACCAUCUACUUAGCGAUCAGGUGCUGUCUAGUCGCACGGCAUUUCACACAGUCAGAGCGAUCUGCAGCUAGCCGACACUUCGAUACUGCCCUCUUUGCCUAGCGAGCGCACCAGCCGAAUCUCGUGACAUACGAGGUAUGCAGACCAUCAAAUGUGUCGUCGUUGGUGACGGUGCCGUCGGAAAGACAUGUCUCUUGAUCUCUUACACGACAAACAAAUUCCCGAGCGAAUACGUUCCCACCGUCUUUGACAAUUAUGCGGUCACAGUCAUGAUCGGCGAUGAUCCGUACACGCUCGGCCUAUUCGAUACUGCAGGUCAAGAGGACUACGAUCGACUUCGGCCACUAUCAUACCCGCAGACAGACGUCUUCCUCGUCUGUUUCUCCGUCACGUCGCCCUCCUCGUUCGAGAACGUCAGGGAAAAGUGGUUCGCAGAAGUACAUCACCACUGCCCCGGCGUCCCUUGCCUCAUCGUUGGUACUCAAGUCGAUCUGAGAGACGACCCAUCUGUGCUCGAGAAGUUGGCAAAGCAGCGUCAGCGUCCCGUCAGUGCAGAGGCAGGCGAACGACUCGCUCGCGAACUGGGCGCCGUCAAAUACGUCGAAUGCUCUGCGUUGACCCAGAAAGGUCUCAAGAACGUCUUUGACGAAGCCAUCGUGGCAGCCCUAGAACCGCCAGUGACAAAGAAGAAGAAAGGCUGCAAAGUCUUCUGAUUCUCACAACGCCCCCUUCCGCACGUUGCAUGGAUGAGAGGAGAUAUCAGCGAGCCAUCUGCCUAGGCAAGGCUUCUCGUAACGUUGUACAGUCAGCCGAGCAUCACAUUGUCUUCGUUUUCACCCACACGUCUUCACUUCGUCCAAACAUGCUGC